AUGGACGACGCCCCGCCGUCAUAUUCCCACACGGCGCCGCUAGGGCCAGCCUCCGCCGGCGCCGCGCCGCCGCAGUACAGCGCCAGCAAGCGCCUCGUGUUGUGGUGCGCGGACGGCGGGCGGCGGCGCGCGCGAGACCUCACGCACGACCUCGCGCCGCCGACGGCCAUGCGCAAGUUCUCCCUCGAUAACCAGAACAUCACGCAUGUCCGGCACGGCGACGACGGGUGCAGCCUCACACCGCGCGCGAUGGGAUACGUCCUCUCGGGCAAGGUCGAGAUGUGGAGCGCUGCGCACCGCACGCAGGAGUACCAUUGGGGUGGCGAGCCGAGCGACUGCGCGUCUCACUGGCGUCUGGUGGGUGCCACUGACGGCGCGUAUAUCCGCCGCGAUAUAAAUGCUGUCGUGGACCUCGCUCCCCAACAACUAUGCGUCGUCGAGCAGCCAAAGUCCGUCAAGGUCGUCGCCCGCGGCAGCCUCGUCGGCCUGUAUCGCCUGCCAUCCGACGACCAGCGAGACCGACCUACGGCGUACGUCGCGCACGUCGACGCCCGCUAUGUCCGGGUAUAUCCCGUCCGCAGCGAGGGCGAAGGCGCGUUUGUUGAGAUGUCCCUGCAUCCCACAAGUGAGGGGUACCAGGGCUCGGCGCGGACGCAAUCGGGCGAGGUUCACGCGUGGGCGCACGACUCAGAGGUGCGGAGCGCGUCCGCGUCGGUCUUCACGGAAUCUCGGCCGCCGUCGCGCGACACGGCGUCGUCGCGAGCCAGCCGCGACGACAUCGACGUGUCGUUCGCAGCGCCACAGGUCACAGGACUUAUCGAGUUGCCGCAUACGCGCGAAACCCGCCUCUUCCCGGUUUCUGUUGGGGUCGGGUGUGCGCUGUGCGUUAUGAUGGACCCAGAAGAGCGGGAUCGGAAGCGGCGUGGGCUGAUGAUGGGCUUGGGGCUGUUGGGGAAGAGCCGGGGCAAGGAGAGGGCGUUGUAG